AUGGAAACCCCAAAAAACGACGUCUCUGUUGAGCAGGUCCUGCUGAAGGAGCUUCCAAAUCUCCAUCUAAUCCCACAAACGAAUCAGCUGAAGUUUCUCUUCACCACCAUUCGCAAUGAGAAGACCCUCCGUACCGAUUUUGUGUUUUAUUGUGAACGUAUCAUUCGUCUCGUGGUGGAGGCUGGACUUGACCUGGUUUCUGUUGUGCCAACGGAUGUAAUGACACCAACCGGUGUCGUUUACCAUGGCUGCAAGCCUGAUUCAAGGGGCAUCAUAGGCAUCAGCAUCCUUCGUGCCGGUGAGUCUAUGGAACGCGCUCUCCGAGAAACAUGUCGCGGCAUUCGCAUCGGAAAGAUUUUGGUUCAGCGAGAUGAGACGUCAGCUGAAAAGAUUCCGGAUGAGCGGUACAACUACAGCAAGAUUCCAAAGGAUGUUGCUGGCCGUUGUGUGUUGCUACUUGACCCUAUGAUUGCAUCAGGCGGCAGCGCCAUCCGUGCCACGGAUAUUCUGAUGAAGGAAUACAAUGUGCCGGAGGAGAACAUUGUGUUCCUUAACCUAAUUACCUGCCCGGAGGGGAUCCGACGCUAUAUGGGCAAAUUCCCCAAGGUAAGGGUGGUGACUGCGGCAAUCGAUAGCGGUCUAAACGACUCCAAAUACAUCACCCCCGGCCUCGGUGAUUUUGGCGAUCGCUACUUUGGGACGCAAGACUAA